AUGGCUACCCCUAGUGUCCUAGCUUUUGACGCUGAGGGUCGCGCCAUUGAUUUUGAGGUCUGGUUAGACGACCUGCAGCUGUUCUUACAGUGCGACAGGGCUGACGGCCUUUCUCUCUUUGACCUCACCUCUGGCGCCUCUCCUGCUCCUGCUACUGAUGCUGAUCCCACUGUCCGCUCUCAGUGGGCCACCCGCGAUGCUGCUGCACGUCUUGCUGUGCUGACACUCGCUACCGCGCCGCCCUUCCUGCUGAGUUUCUGCGCUAAGAACCCACCCCCCAUGUACAUCGCUCUCUACUACGUAGUCGCGCGCCUCCCUGACUCCCUUCGCGUCGUCAGGGACCACUUUCUCGCAGUCUGUCCCACCACCCUCACCGUCGACCUCCUCGAGAAGGCCCUCCUCGCAGCGGAGAAGAGCAUAGUCGCUGUAGGUGCUUCUCGUGGUGACCCUCGCACCCCCAUCUUUGAGGGGUGCUCUCCUUCCCCCUUGCUGCCCUCUGUUGCCUCUGCUGCUGCUGCCGACCUGCUUGGUCUUGAGUCGGUCGGCGCGGCGUCUACCCUAGUGGGAGACGUCGCUCCAGCAAGGGCAAGGGGGGCAAGGGCGCGGGUGGAGCUGGAGGGGGCGGUGGCGGUGGCGGCGGUGGCGGCGGAGGGAGUGGGGGUGGCGGCGGGACUAGUGGCGGGGGUGGUGGGGGUGGUGGUGGCAGCAGCGGCGGAGACGGUGGUGGUGGUGCCAGCGGUGGUGGUGGAGGCAGCGGCGGGGGUGGAGGCGGCGGAGGUGGAGGCGGUGGAGGCGGCAGCGGAGGAGGCGGUGGUGGUGGAGGAGGUGGAGCUGGUCGGGGUGGUACCCAGCAGCGUAGCGGCGGUGGUGGUGGCCAGCGCUCGCAGCGGCAGCAGCAGCAGCGCUCGCGGGACAUCCCUCCGCCUCAGCAGCUUCGUGAGUGGUACGCUGGGCGUCAGAGGGGUGGGGGUACUGGUCCCUGCACCUACGUUCUUCGUUCCGGCGACCGCGGCGGGUGAGCAGUGUGGGGGUGCCCACGCCACCCAGCGCUGCUUUGGCCGCCUGACGGACGCUUGGCGUCGGCAAUUCCCUGGGGCUAGUGAGAUCCCUCGCUGGGAUGAGCUUCUCAGGGCUGGUGUAGCGAUCUUUGAUCUUGAUUUUGAUGCUAUCCUUGCUGCUAUGUAUGCUGUGGAUUAUAGUGAGGAGAAUGAGGGUUACCGGUGUUUCCAGCCCGACCCGGGCAUUGGUACUACUGCGCUAGGUGCUUGUGAGGCUGCUGCUCUAGGUGCCAGUGCGUCUGUACUCUCAGGUACUGGUGAGACUGCGCUCUCAGCGGACCUGCAGGAUGUGGGGGUUCACCAGUUCACUCCUGCGAGUCAGCGGGUGACCCACUGCACGGAGGCACGCACAGGGCCGACACCUGGCCACGUGGCUGCGUCGGGUCAGGUGCUUGCUGCUGCGUCCCGGUCAGGUCCUGAGUCUGCCCCCUGUUCUUGUCGCCUCCUGUCUCACGAGACUCUCCUGUGGCACCACCGUCUUGGCCACCCCUCCUUGCCCCGUCUUCGGAGCAUGGCUUCCCGUGUCCUUGUCUCUGGUCUUCCCCAGUCUCUCCCUCCUCUCCCCUCCGGGCCAGGACCUUCCUGUGUCCCCUGUGUCGAGGGUCGCCUCCGGGCUACUCCUCACUCCUCCCACUUCCCCCCGACAGAGGCUCCCCUGCAGACGCUUCACAUGGAUGUGUGGGGCCCAGCCCCCGUCCGUGGGCAGGGUUACGAGCGCUACUUCCUGUUGGUGGUUGACGACUACUCGCGUUACACCACAGUCCUCCCCUUGCGCAGCAAGGGUGCGGUCACUGAGGUGCUGAUCGACUGGAUCCGCGAGGCUCGUCUCCAGCUCAGGAAGAGCUUCGGCUCGGACUUUCCUGUUCUGCGUCUGCACUCGGACAGAGGCGGAGAGUUCUCUUCUCGCCUUCUGCGGGACUACUGUCGUGCGCGGGGGAUCCGCCAGACCUUCACGCUUCCGGACUCACCACAGCAAAAUGGGAUUGCUGAGCGCCGCAUUGGCAUGGUCAUGGAUGUCGCUCGUACGUCCAUGAUGCAUGCGGCUGCCCCCCAUUUUCUGUGGCCGUUUGCGGUGAGGUACGCGGCGCAUCAGCUCAACCUUCACCCCCGGGUCUCUCGACCUGCGAUGUCCCCAGCCUUGCUGUGGACGGGGAAGGUUGGCGAUGCGUCUGUGUUCCGUGUCUGGGGAUCUCGGGCGUUUGUCCGCGACUUGUCUGCAGACAAGCUGUCCCCUCGUGCUGCUCCCUGUGUCUUCCUUGGCUUCCCCACUGACGCCCCAGGGUGGCAGUGUUUACCACCCCUCCUCUCGUCGUGUUCUGUCCUCCCAGGACGUCACGUUCGACGAGUCAGUCCCCUUCUACCGUCUCUUCCCCUACCGCACUCCUUCCCUCCCCCCUCCCCCGGACUUCCUUGUGCCGGUUCCCCCCCGGUCGACCCCCUCCCCCCUCAGGUUCCUGCCCCCUCAGGUGUGUCCCAGGUAGACGCCGUUGACCCGGUCGAGGUUACUGGUGACUCUGGUGCUGCUGCGGGUGCUGAGCCUGGGGGUGCUGACUCUGGGGUGCUGUGCGCGGGGGUGCUGAGCCUGGGGGUGCUACUACAGGGGGUGCUGGGCCUAAAGGUGCUACUGCGGAGGGUGCGGAGCCUAGGGGUGCUGAGCCGGGGGGUGCUGUGCCUGGAGGUACUGGGUCUGGGGGUGCUGGUUCGGGAGCUGCUGAGCCUGGGGGUGCUGAUGCUGGGAGCUGCUGAGCCUGGGGGCUGCGUCUGGAGCUGCUGA